AAAAACAGCUCUCUGGUAGGUGUUUACGCUUAGCGUUUUCAUCCUACAAUGAGAUCGCUGCCCAUUGUAGUUUUAUCCCUCCUGAUUCUUGUCCUUGCUGCCCAUGUAUCCCAAGCCGAUGACAAGGGCUCUCCAAGCGGAAAUGGGAAGGGUUCCCAUGAAGGUGACGGUGAUGAUCAUAAAUCAAAUGGCGUAGGGCCGGUGAAAAAGCCAAAAUGCCAUAAGCCCGGACGUGGUCCGAAAAACCAUGACAAUGAUGGUCGAGGACCACCGGAAAAGGAUUGCGAUGAUGAAGAAACAACACCGUCAUCACCGGGGCCUUCCCCAGACCAAGGUAACGGUUCGCCAUCACCACCGCCAUCCCCUUCUUAUUCUCCACCCAUGAAUACCCAGUCACCUCCACCUCCAUUAGAAACUAGUCCUACCACACCUCCACCCUACCAACCCAGCAAUCAAUCCCCUCCGCCACCAUCAUCAUCAAGCCCACCACCAACACCUCCAUCUAGCCCCCCUGUUACACCUCCAACCUACGAACCUAAUGAUCAAUCGCCACCGCCUCCAAUGAAUCCUCCACCCAUUACCCCACCACCUCCAUCUAGUCCACCUGUGGCACCUCCAAUGAGCCCGACUAAUCAGCCUCCUCCACCGUCAUCAUCAUCUAGCCCCCCACCACUAGCUCCAGCCACUCCACCAACAUCUCCAUCAAGUCCCCCUGUUAUGCCUCCAUCCUACGAACCUAACGAUCAAUCGCCACCGCCUCCAUUGAAUCCUCCGUCCAUUCCCCCGCCACCAGCUAGCCCACCUGCCUCACCUCCAAUGAACCCGACUAAUGAUCAACCUCCUCCACCAUCUCCGUUAUCUAGCCCCCCACCAGUAGCUCCAGCCACCCCACCAACACCUCCAUCUAGUCCCCCUGUUACGCCUCCAUCACCAACACCUCCAUCUAGUCCCCCUGUUACGCCUCCAUCACCAACACCUCCAUCUAGUCCCCCUGUAACGCCUCCAUCCUACGAACCGAACGAUCAAUCGCCACCGCCUCCAUUGAGUCCUUCGACCAUUCCCCCACCACCUCCAACUAGCCCUCCUGCAGUACCUCCAAUGAACCCAACUAAUGAACAACCUCCUCCACCAUCGUCAUCAUCUAGCCGCCCACCAAUAGCUCCAACUACUCAACCAUCUCCCUCUAGCCCACCUGCUACACCUCCAACAGACUCAACUGAUGAGGAAACUCCUACAUCACCACCAUCAUCUAGUCCACCAGUAACUCUAUUAAGUCCUCCACCACCAUCAUCGAGUACACCACCGGCUCCAUACAUUGCCACACCACCUUUGUCUAGUCCCCCUGCUACACCUCCAACAUACCAAGCUAACGACCAGUCCCCUCCACCUCCACCAUCAUAUAGUCCGCCGCCAUCAGCUUUAGCUAGUCCUCAACCACCUCCACCACUGAGUCCACCAACAAUAGUUCCAACCACUAGCCCACCUCCUCCAGCUACUUCGCAAUCCCCUAUGUCUAGUCCACCAGCAACACCUCCAACGGACUCAACUGAUGAGGAAACUCCUACAUCACCACCAUCAUCUAGUCCACCAGUAGCUCUAUCAAGUCCUCCACCACCAUCAUCAAGCACACCACCGACUCCAUCUAUUGCCACACCACCUUUGUCUAGUCCCCCCGCUACACCUCCAACGUACCAAGCUGAUGAUCAAUCCCCUCCACCUCCACAAUCAUACAGUCCGCCACCGACAACUUUAGCUAGUCCUCCACCAUCACCAUUGAGUCCACCAGCAAUAGCACCAACCACUAGUGCACCUCCUCCAUCUACUUCCCCAUCGCCUAUGUCUAGUCCACCAGCAACACCUCCAAUAGACUCAACUGAUGAGCAAACUCCACCACCACCAUCAUCUAGUCCACCAGUAGCUCUAUCAAGUCCUCCGCCACCAUCAUUGAGUACACCACCGGCUCCAUCCAUUGCCACACCACCUUUGUCUAGUCCCCUUGCUACACCUCCAACGUACCAAGCUGAUGACCAGUCCCCUCCACCUCCACCAUCAUACAAUCCACCAACGACAACUUUAGCUAGUCCUCCACCACCACCAUUGAGUCCACCAGCAAUAGCACCAACCACUAGCGCACCUCCUCCAUCUACUUACCCAUCGCCUAUGUCUAGUCCACCAGCAACACCUCCAACAGACUCAACUGAUGAGCAAACUCCAUCACCACCAGCAUCUAGUCCACCACUAGCUCCAUCAAGUCCUCCACCACCAUCAUCUAGUCCACCAGUAGCUCUAUCAAGUCCUCCACCACCAUCAUCAAGUACACCACCGGCUCCAUCCAUUGCCAUGCCACCUUUGUCUAGCCCCCCUGCUACACCUCCAACGUACCAAGCUGAUGACCAGUCCCCUCCACCUCCACCAUCAUACAAUCCACCACCGACAGCUUUAGCUAGUCCUCCACCACCAUCAUUGAGUCCACCAGCAAUAGCACCAACCACUAGCGCACCUCCUCCAUCUACUUCCCCAUCGCCUAUGUCUAGUCCACCAGCAACACCUCCGACCAACCAAGGUAACCACCCACCGCCAUCAUCACCAUUAAGUCCGCCUACCACACCUCCGACGUACCAAGUUAACCAACCACCGCCGCCACCACAAUUUAGUGCUCCUGCCACACCUCCGACCUAUCAAGGUAAUGCCCAACCACCGGCAUCGGCAACAACACCGCCACUUGGUGCCCCUUCUGGCAAUGGAUGGGUGCAAGUUCAAAACUUUCAUGACGCCAUGUACUGGCAAAUCGGGCGCUUUGUGGUGUACAAGUUGGUAAACAAGAAGGACAACUCCCUUGUGGAUGUGCUCUAUGUGAGCAUGCAACCUGCAGGAAAGGGCAACAACUACUUUCUUGUGAUAAAAGUAGCAGAUGAAUAUAAGAAGGUCGGCAAGUAUCAUGUGCUCCUAUGGGGUGUGCCUGGGUCAGCAGAUGAAGCAUGGAAAGUAUAUUGGCUCAAAUUUGUAGGAAACUAAGCACAUGGUGCAAACAGGAUCAUCUAGCUAUCGACCAUGCAUGGCAUUUGUAGGGAGAAGAUAUAUGUCAAUGUCCGCCUGCAUAGAUUAGUUGAUUUUUGUAGCUUUGAGGGGCUUGAUAUCCAACUAUAUGUUCUAAUUUCAGUGAUAAAUUUAUGUUGUGUUCUCAUUAAAACUGCCUCAAAUUUACAAAAUAUGGGUGGAGAUAUAAUCAUAUAACUCGAAGCAUAUGCGCUUCACUGUACUUAGUUUGAUGGUUGCCUUGUAAUUCUUAUUAAAGUUUUUUGCUUACCUGUAGUUCAUUGUUCACCUUUCA